AUGACAGAUAUCAGCCAACAGGCAGAUGGAUGGCUUAACUCCACCCAGAUCAGCCAACCUCACAUCAUCUUCAUCACCAUCGCCAUCAUAAUUAUCACUACCAUCACCAUCAACAUCAUCAUCAUAACCACUGUCAACAUUAAUACCAUCAUCAUCACUAUCGACAUCAUCAUCACCGGUAUCAUCACGGCAGCAGCAGUCAACUACAUCGACACGAUACGGGUUUUUAUUGUCAGGAAAUUAGAGAAACUCGCCAUCAGUCUCACCCUCAAGCUUCUCCAAUCUCUAGUAUCACCACUGGUGUUCAUGAACGGCCCUGCCUGUGUCCAUGUCCAUGUGUUGGAUGCUCCGGAGGGAUCUUUGACCAGUAAGUAA